GCUAGCCUUCGCAAUGCGGUCACAUUGGUUCGCGGACACAACAAGAUGGCGAGACUUGCUCCCCAAAUCUGUUAGAAAACGCCACAAAAACCGAGAAAAAUUUUGAAAUUGGCUAAGAACAGUAUCCGGCCGAGUGUAGUGUAGCCGCAGCGCAUAUUGCAGUGUGUGAGCUAGGGCGGCGCAGCCCUCUAGCGAGUCGCAAGGCGAGACCUUCUUCUGGCCUUGUGGUUGUUGCUGCUGUUGCAGUUGUUGUUUUUGUUGGUUUUGUUGCCUUCGUGCCAAGAUGAUGAGCAACCUUAUGAUGGACUCGCCAAAGUCAUCGCCCCAUGGCGGCGGCCGCUCCCCAGUGGUCGCUCGCCAGGAUUCCUCAGGAACGCUCAAGACGACGAUAUCGCUGGGCAAAACCCCAACGAUUAUCCACACGGGGCCGUUCUAUUCUAUGAAAGAGCCACCCGCAAAGGCAGAGCUAACCGGCGACAAGGAUCUCAUGACCGAGUACGGACUGCACCACACUCUGAGCAAGUUCAAGGAAAAGAAGUUCAAGGAGUCGCUGGCCUCGUUUCUGCAGAACAUACCCGGAAUCAAUGACCUCAUCACGCAUCCUGUCGAGAACAGCACGCUGCGAAGCGUGAUCGAAAAGCCACCGAUUGGCGGGAAGGAGUUACUACCCCUUACCCCUGUGCAGUUGGCCGGCUUCCGCCUGCAUCCCGGACCGCUGCCCGAACAGUAUCGUACCACAUAUGUCACACCUGCGAGAAAACACAAAAAUAAACACAAAAAGCACAAACACAAAGACGGUGUAACCACGGGACAGGAAUCUACGUUACUUGAUUCGGCAGGCCUUGAGACUUAUGAGAAGAAGCACAAGAAGCAAAAACGCCACGAGGAUGAUAAGGAGCGCAAGAAGCGUAAAAAGGAAAAGAAGCGGAAAAAGAAGAACCAAAGUCCUGAGCCAGGGGUAGGUCUGCUGCCUGGCGGCGGUACAGGCUUGGGCGGCGGAGCGGGCGUCAUGGGCGCCACCAGUCUCGGAUCAUUAGGCGGUGGUCCCGGUCCUGGGCUGUCCAGUUUGAGUGCCAGCAUGGGUCCUGGAGUGGUUGGUGGCAUGAAUAGCUUCUCCACGUCUAUGCAAAUGCAGCAACAGCAGCAGCAGAUUCCAAUGCAGCAACAGCAGAUGUCUAGUGGGGGUCUGCUAGGCUCUGUUUUGGGAACGAGCGGUGGACCGGGUGGGCCUGGUGGUGGCGGUGGAGGUGUGGGUGGUGGCGGAGGCGUGGGAAGCGGGAGUGGCGGAGGCAGCUUGCUUAUGUCGCAGUUCUAGGCAGGAUCCUUUAGCUAAAUAGGCUUGGCUUAUUACCUCUCAUCAAUAGGAGAAGCCCCCCAAAGGGUCAACACAGAAAAUAUAAAAGAAGCAAAAGGACCUGUGCAGUUCAGUCCUCUAAAUGCAAUUUUCUCGAUAAUUCUUCGUGUCUAGUUAUUAAUUUAUGAUUAUUGUAAUUUGUAACAUAGUUUAUUUUUGUAAUUAGCCAACUUUUUCGUUUUUUUACCUUCGCGAUAGCUUAAUGAGAUUUAUUUAAUGCAAGUUAUGGUACAAACAGCACGCAAAACAUACAUUUUCGCUCUUAAUUCCAAACCUAAACCGCACCCCACCAUCCAAAAGCCCUAAUUUGCAGUCAAUUUUUUUCUUAUCGACUUUUAAUUAUUUUGGGGUCAGUAUUUCCAAUUAUUUCUGCAAUUGUUUGUUCUUCCAGCAAAGUUUUAAAACAAAAAGGAAAGCUGAGAUUCAACAAAAAAAAUGCCUGUACUAUAAGUAAUAAA